GUCCAAGAAGGGAGACGAAAAGAAGGGCGAAGGCGAAGGAGAGGGAGAAGGUGGAGAAGGAGAAGAGAAGAAAGAGGGCGAAGAAGGAAAAGCAGAGGAGAAGGCGGCCGAGCCGGAAGCACCUGCAGAACCACCCGUUGAAGAACCGCCCGUUGAAGAGGAGAAGCCACCAGAACCAGUUGAAGAACCACAACCACCAAGUCCAGCACCUGAAGAUAUGUGGUUAUACCUGAAGGACGUUGUGAGCCACGAGAACCCAAUCAGUGUAGAGGACUUGGUUGAGAAACUCAUGAACGCCGUCACCGUCAUUCCACAGCCUUUGUUGAAAUCUGUUGUUAAGGCUGAGCUAAAGAAACAGCAAUCUCAGGAUGAAGGCGCACACCCAGAGGGAGAAGCUCCAGCAGACGGAGCACCCCCAGCGGAAGGUGCGCCCGCAGAAGGAGCUCCAGCGACAGAAGGCGCCCCACCGGCAGAAGGAGCCCCACCAGCGGAAGGCGCCCCUGCAGAGGGAGCACCCGCCCCCGCAGACGGAGCACCCGCACCAGCAGAAGGCGCUCCCGCAGAGGGAGCACCUGCACCAGCAGAAGGCGCGCCCGCAGAAGGAGCACCCGCACCCGCAGAGGGAGCACCCGCGCCCGCAGAAGGAGCACCAGCGCCCGCGGAGGCCGCACCAGCCGACGCACCCGCACCCACAGAAGCAGCACCAGCAGAAGCGCCACCUGCCGAAGCACCUGCAUCAUGAGCUGCUCAUUGACGCUGACUUCCACCAAAUUUACAUUGGUUUCCGAAUCAAGUGUCAAACAACAUAUCGCGAGCAAAAUCGGAUCGCUGAAGUUCUGAGAAUUGCAUUGAGACCACGAUUGUUCACUGUUAUUUUCUUUACCUACAUGAAAAAUAAACUUUCCGUACAUUUUGUAAAAUUGAUUUACUUAUUGAACGCUGAAUCCUCUGUGUAGCAGAUGGGCCCAAGUA